AUGCCAUUGCUGCCGCCGUCCCUGGCUGUGGCCAUUCUUGCUCUGUUUCUAGAAGCUCAACCAUUUUCCAUGGCCCCACAUGUGAAGAUUGCACCCGAUUUGCCAGGGCGACAAGAAGCCAUGGCCGUUCUCGGACGCGAUGAGACGAACAGAGGCCUUCCGAAACGAUCGGGCACAUGGCAAGCUGCCGCUCAAAAGGGGCAGUUGACAUACGACCACGUGGAACCGGAUGGAGUGCUUGCUCCGAAUCCCAGCCUCAAUCCCGCGAGCCUCCGACCCUGA